AAAGGUGAAACCUAGUGCGAGGAGGGAGUGAAGAAAAAGGAAGGAAGCCCGUUUAUCAACAAUACUGGCCGACGUGAACUUUAGCGUGUACGAAUCUAAAAAAAAAAAAAAAAAAAAAAAAAAAAAGCACCGAGGCGGCUUCCUUCAGCAAGCCAAGGUGACGAAGAGAGCUGGCAGCUGACUGGCCUCCAGUUUUCACCGGAAGAAAUAAUGGUGUGCCGAGCGUUAUCGUGAGGUUUCCUCCCAGAAGAAGGUUUGCCAAACCUGGACCAUGUUAGCUUCCAGACCCAAACCCCCUCUGUCCUGACACAGGGACUUUCACCCAAGCCUCACCAACACACAGUCGUGGAGUGUGUGCCCCCCUGUUCUACCUUUGAGGACAUUGAGGACGUCCUCAACUCUACUACCUCAACACACACACACACACACGCACACACAUCAAGCCACGCACAGCUGUUAUCAGCCAGGUCAGAAACUCGACCAGACACACACCGGGCUCACCGGGCUCUCAGGUGUCAUCCAGCCACAGUGUCACACAGUGCAGCCGGUUGGGUUUCUUCUCGUUUAGCUGCGUUCGUCACUGUCUCCCCGUCACCUCACACAACCCCAGCUGGGUGGAGCAACUUGCAGAUACCAUGUUACAGAGGGUGUUGUGAUGUCUGAGGCCUGUGCUGGAGGAGGAGGAGCCAUACAUGGGCGGGGCCACAGAGACGUUCCUCACUUUGUUGUUGGUUGUGAAGAUGAUGAGCAGCACAUGGGUCAAAUGGAGGGAGGCAUGAAGAACAAGGUGUUUUCAGUAGAAGGAGAGAUGGAGGACGAGGAUGAUGAAUCGCCGUCAGAGCGUCAGAUUGUGGUCGGGAUCUGCUCCAUGAUGAAAAAGUCCAAGUCUAAGCCCAUGACCCAGAUCCUCGAGCGCCUGUGUAAAUUUGACUACAUCGACGUUGUUAUCUUCCCCGAGGAGGUGAUCCUGGACGAGCCUGUGGAGAACUGGCCACUCUGUGACUGCCUCAUCUCUUUUCACUCUAAAGGUUUCCCUCUUGACAAAGCUGUGGAGUACGCCAAGCUCCGAAACCCACUGCUGAUCAAUGACCUCAACAUGCAGUACUUCAUACAGGACAGGAGGGAAGUGUACCGUAUUCUACAGGAAGAGGGUAUUGACCUACCUCGUUACGCUGUGUUAAACCGUGACCCCAACAAUCCUGAAGAGUGUAACCUGGUGGAAGGGGAGGACCAUGUGGAAGUGAACGGUGAGGUGUUCCCUAAACCCUUUGUGGAGAAACCUGUGUGUGCUGAGGACCACAACGUCUACAUCUACUACCCGACUUCAGCUGGAGGAGGCAGCCAGAGGCUCUUCAGAAAGAUAGGGAGUCGCAGCAGUGUGUACUCCCCAGAGAGCAGCGUACGUAAGACUGGAUCCUACAUCUAUGAGGAGUUCAUGCCUACAGAUGGUACUGAUGUCAAGGUUUACACAGUGGGUCCAGACUAUGCCCACGCCGAGGCCAGGAAGUCUCCAGCCCUGGACGGGAAAGUGGAGAGGGACAGUGAGGGGAAGGAGAUCCGCUACCCCGUCAUGCUCACUGCUAUGGAGAAACUGGUGGCCCGCAAGGUCUGCCUGGCCUUCAAGCAAACAGUGUGUGGGUUCGACCUGCUUAGAGCCAACGGCCACUCCUUUGUUUGUGACGUCAACGGCUUCAGCUUUGUCAAAAACUCCAUGAAGUACUACGAUGAUUGUGCCAAAGUUCUGGGGAACAUGGUGAUGCGGGAACUUGCCCCCCAGUUCCACAUCCCAUGGUCCAUCCCGAUGGAGGCUGAAGACAUCCCCAUCGUCCCAACAACCUCAGGAACCAUGAUGGAACUGCGCUGUGUUAUUGCCAUCAUCCGCCAUGGAGAUCGCACACCAAAGCAAAAGAUGAAAAUGGAGGUCCGACACCCUCUAUUCUUUGAGUUGUUUGAGAAGUAUGGAGGCUACAAGUCAGGGAAACUAAAGCUUAAGAAGCCAAAACAGCUACAGGAAGUGCUGGAUAUCGCCCGGCUGCUGCUGGUUGAACUGGGCCAGCAUAAUGACUGUGAGAUUGAAGAGAAGAAAUCUAAACUGGAGCAACUCAAGACUGUCCUGGAGAUGUAUGGGCAUUUCUCAGGUAUCAACAGGAAAGUCCAGCUGACCUACCUGCCUAAUGGACAACUUAAAGCCUCCAGCGAAGAGGAAGACUCGCAGAAGGAGGGUCCGUCUCUGCUGCUGGUGCUGAAGUGGGGAGGAGAGCUGACGCCAGCAGGCCGAGUCCAGGCCGAGGAGCUGGGCCGGGCCUUCCGGUGCAUGUACCCUGGAGGUCAAGGUGACUAUGCUGGGUUUCCUGGCUGUGGUUUACUGCGCCUACACAGCACAUACCGCCAUGACCUCAAGAUCUACGCCUCAGAUGAAGGCAGGGUCCAGAUGACAGCUGCUGCUUUCGCCAAGGGUCUGCUGGCUCUAGAAGGGGAGCUGACCCCAAUCCUGGUCCAGAUGGUGAAGAGUGCUAACAUGAACGGACUGCUGGACAGUGACAGUGACUCCCUGACUGACUGCCAACAGAAGGUCAAAGCUAGGCUACAUGAAAUCAUGCAGAAGAACCAGAGUUUUACACAGGAAGAUUAUCAGAAGUUGGCCCCAACAGGCAGCCCGUCGCUGGUCAACUCCAUGGACCUCAUCGAGAACCCAGUCAAGACCUGUGACAAGGUGCACGCCCUCAUCCAGAGCCUCACUUCACAGAUCCGCAAGAGACUGGAGGACCCCAAGUCUGCAGACCUUCAGCUUUACCACAGUGAGACCCUGGAACUGAUGCUGCAGCGCUGGUCCAAGCUGGAGAGAGACUUCCGCAUGAAGAGCGGCCGCUACGACAUCAGCAAGAUCCCCGACAUCUAUGACUGCAUCAAAUACGACACGCAGCACAACGCUUCGCUGGGCCUGGAGGACACACUGGAACUGUUCAGACUUUCUCGCGCCCUGGCCGACAUAGUCAUACCACAGGAGUAUGGCAUCAGCAAAGCAGAGAAACUGGACAUCGCCCAGGCUUACUGUGUUCCUUUGUUGAAGAAGAUCCAGCUGGACCUGCAGAGGACACAUGAGGACGAGGCGGUUAACAAGCUGCACCCUCUGUAUUCUCGGGGUGUGAUGUCUCCUGGCCGCCACGUCCGGACUCGGCUCUACUUCACCAGCGAGAGCCACGUGCACUCACUGCUCAGCAUCUUCCGCUAUGGAGGACUGCUGGAUGAGGAGAAGGACCAGCAGUGGAAGCAGGCUAUGGACUACCUUAGUGCUGUGACUGAACUCAACUACAUGACCCAGAUAGUCAUCAUGCUGUAUGAGGAUAACAAUAAGGACCCAUCCUCAGAGGAGCGUUUCCAUGUGGAGCUCCACUUCAGCCCAGGAGUCAAAGGAUGUGAGGAUGAAGAGAACGUACCACUCGGCUUUGGCUUCCGCCCAGCUUCCUCUGAGAAUCAAGACAAGCAGCCCAAUCAGGGCAGCCUGGAGGACCUCUCCCAAGACCAGCCCGAUCAGGCAAUCCCCAUCUCUGAGCCAAUCACCAUCCAGAGGAGGUGUCCCAUGAUUCGCAACCGGAAGACGGGAUCCAUGGAGGUCCUCUCUGAGACCUCACCCACCCAGUCAACCAAAGGCUCCUCGUCCUACCGACUCUUCCCCUCGCGCCAGUCUCCUGAGGUCAAACCAGCCAGCGGCCUAGGUGGGCACCUCCUGCCUGGCUCCCUCCGCUCUGGCCUCUUCAGUGCCUCUGUCCUCGGGGUGUCAUCUAGCGCCCCCAACCUGCGGGACUACGUCCGCACACACCACCACCACCACCGCAAACCACCUCUGUCCCCCGGCAGUCUGCCGUGCCAGAUUGGUAUGUUCGAGCUGUUCUCUAUGCCGGCAGUAAAGAGAUUUUCUGUGUCGUUUGCCAGGCAUCCGACUAAUGGUUUUGAAGGCUGCUCGAUGGUGCCCUCUAUCUAUCCACUGGAGACGCUGCACAAUUCACUUUCACUCAAGCAAGUGGAUGAAUUCCUAAAUUCAGUGUGUGAGAGCAGCACCGAGACCCAUGCCAAGACGAUGAAAGCGCUCUCUGGCCUGUUCGACUCCCAGAGCCAGUCGUCUCUCUACAGCCCGCAGCAGCCUCUGUCCUCCUCUGGAUCUGAGACGUCUCUUCGCCCACCAAGCCGACCUCUAUGGUAUGGCAGCGUCCCUUCCAGUGCUGUAUCCAGUGCGGGUCCUUCCUCUCCCACCACAGAGAGCCCCAGCCUGCACUUCAGCUUCACUGAGUAGACGCUCAGUCUCUUCAUGCAGCAUCUGGAAAAACAAAACAAAACAAAAAACUUUUUCUGGUGUGGGAUGUCAAAGGCAAGAUCUGUGCACCAGGAAACACAGAGACGUUUGUCAUCCAUCUCUUUCACUGUUUUCAUCCAAAAUUCUCACUCAGUAACAAGAAUUUUGGGGUGGAGCGGCUGAAUGUGGAGAGAUAGGCCACCCUGCCUCAGAUAUUACAAACUGUAAACAUAAAACAUAAAAAAUGUACAUUCACUCCUGUGCUCUACUGCAGCUACAGCUCCAAACCUUUAAACCAGGCAUCAUACCCUCCCUACCCCUGUCAGUGAUCACACACUGGACAUUAUACAGCUGGACAGCUCAAAACACCUCUCAUCCCUUCCCUUUUGAUUUCUGUCUCCCAAAGCAGAAAGCCAAGUGACAGUUGAUGGAGCCGACCUUUGACCUCCUGUGUCUCUAAUGGAUUUUGGAUGAACCCUGUAGUCCUGAAUUCUCAUUUUUCUCCUGCAGUUGCUCAGCUGAGGAGAAGAAAAGAAUGGUGCCUGUUGAUUUGCAAAGCCCUGCCUUAAUGCUGUUUUACAUAUCAUCGCGCACACACACACACACACACACACACACACACACACACACACUGGUUGCCUCAUUUAUAAAAGUGUGCAUUAAAACUUGAAAUCAUAGAGAUAGGAAGAUCAUUAUGAAGUCAUCUGACAUUUUGCUUUAUAAAAAUGAUUAUGCUUGCAGAGUAAGAGCCCAAGGAAUGGACCUUAUUCCCAUGGCAGCCAUUUUGAACUUACAUCAAACAUUCUGCCCAGAGGAGCAGACGCACCCUCGUGAUAUCCUGCUGUUGUAUAUCAAGACCAACAUCAUGCACAUGUCAGGAAUUAGUAGUUUGUGGUUAUGUUUUAAGGUAAUAUGUUCAGUCCAAAACUAAAAGUUAAGUGGCAGUUGGGCUUCUUACCCAAGUGUAAUAGCUCCACCAGGGCUGACGGGUCAAAUUUGGAGGAACUGUUAUAUUCAUACAAAGUUACAAAUACCAUCAAAUGGGUAAGAACUGCAACUGUCUCUUUAACAGCAGGGAGUGAGCACUCUGCCCAGAGAUGUACAUUAUCAUGCUUAAAUGAUCUGCAUUUGCUGAACCUCAAAGUGACACUUUCAUUCAUUGUGCUCAGGAAUUCACAAGUAGUGAACCUUCACUUCUCUCCAGCCUGUAAUUAUGUUCGCUCUGUCAUUUGGCCAGGAAGUACAAUAGAGCUGGAAACACUUUCUUUUCAACAUCAGUGGUGAAGUGGUAAGACACCUGCACACUGUCAAAAUAAAAUUAGAGUGAGAGUUUUCUCAUGCAAGAUGAAGGUCCAUCUUAUACAUCCAAAGUGCAAGCAGCUAGUGUUUUUGUAAAGCAUCUGCCUUAAAUACACUUACGUGGUGGCCAUGACAUUUUAUACCUAUGGCCACUUCUAAAAUCAACUUGGGUGAUUAUAUCCUUUUAUAAAUGAGGCCCUCGCUGACAGUAAUGCUGGGAUCUAAAGCUACUCUUGAGCCGGCUUGACCAAUUGGUUCCGCGUUCAGUUUGUCAUUACUCCACCCUGCUCUUGUAUGAAAACACAAUUUACUGUGCCCGUAUAUUAAAAAAAAAACUUGAGUGGGCAGGAAGUCUUGGCAAUACUCCACAUAUACCAGCAAGGAGCUUCACCCAGAACCUUUUAGAUCCUGUGAGGUUCCUGUUUUCUUGUUCUUGUUUCAGGUUACCAAAUCAAAGAUACUGGUAUGUAACUAAUUUUAAGAAAGUCUGUGUUGUAGAUUUGUUUCAAGUUUAAAGGGGAAAACCACUUGAUCUAGUAAAUAGUAUAAAUGCAAUUAGACGUGAAUAUGAGUACCUAAGGACUGCAAAUUUUGAAUUUGCUCGGUAAAUGCUGAAUUCUCGAAGUCUCAGUGUCUGCAAACUGCUGUCACACCAAAGUACUUGUGUUGUAUUAACAUGCUCGGAAUUCAAAUGACUGUGUCAGAUGGUGUAAUGACAUGAUGUUUGUUUGAAAAUUAGCUUUUGUCAUCAUCUGACUGAAUUGGGACUUGAUGCACUUUCAUUUGAGUCAAGCGGUGGAUUGUCUUUUAAACCCAAAGAAAUUAAAAUAAUUUUAUUUCUUUAAAAGGUUAACCUGUCCUAUUUUGAACAAACUUUUUGAAAUGAAUGCUAAAACAAUGACUAGAAACUGCUGUAGUUUUUUUUUUUUUUUUUUUUUUUUUUCCAGUGUGUGAUUAUGGAUGUGAGGCAGUUGAUAAACAUUAAAGUUUGUAUAAAGAGAAAGGAAAAGUGGCCAGCUGUCGGCACGGUAUUAGUACUUCUUUGACCACUUCUUCAGCUGAAACUGCCUGACGUAUCAAUGACAUUUUUCCCUGAUAGAAGUGAAAAUGUACUGACCCCCAAAUCUGGUAAAAAAAAACUCCAUCAGGAAGAAAACCUGUCCUUUUUUGUCAUUUGACCUGCUGUAGAACCAAUCUAUUCGUUUUAGUUUAGUUGUAGAUUUGUAUAGCACUCGUUGAUUUAAUCUUACCAUGGAUUGCUGUAGGUAAUUUUAGUUCUGUAUUUAUGUAAUUAUUUAAUGUGCUAUUUAAUGCCAGCCAAAGUGGUGCAUUGCUGUGAGGAGUUGGUCUCCGAGUGGUUUGGUGUUCAGGUGCUGGUCUCAGCGACAAGGCAGUUUUGUUAAAAGUUGUUGUAAACCAGUUAAAA